GUCUUUAAACGGAAAUUUGCUCUUCGAGUUCAUUGUAUUUGCUUACCUUUUAUAACGUGUUCCGAUGAUUAUUUGCGUUAAACACGGAACGGAAAUCAAAUUGCGACAAAACAAAUGAAGAAAGUUAGAAUUGGGUCAGUGAAAGUUGUUUCUUUUUUUUAUAUAUAUUUAAAUAUUUUUUUAAUGGGUCAGACGUACCGGGAUGUUUCUGAUGACAUUCUAUACAAACGUGACCGUAAGAGCGCAUCGCUUUACCACAUUCUAGCUACGGGAUCGACGUUAACUCGCCUUUUAAAGAUAACAAGGAAGUAAAAUUCAUCUAUUGGCAUGAGUACAAUUCUGCAAUGUUAAAAUACAACCAGUAUUAUCAAAAUCAAAAUAUAUUUAUCACAGAUAUACAAGUAAAAAGGAUUGUUUUAUUGACAUAUGGAAAUAAAUACAACAUGUUUCAUUUAUUAAUAUCUUGAAACCAUGCAUCAAAGAAAUUAUUAUAUCUAAAUUUGUUUAUAAACUUAAAAAAUGACUAGAAUACGUUUACAUACUUGUAAAAUAAUAUUAGCUACUUCAUUAGUUUGGUUAAUGGUUGGUGUUUGCUUAUUAAUGUAUUAUACUGAUUGCAUUAACAAUGGUUUUGGUUGUGAGAAAGGUGCAAGAGUUUCUAAUGUCCAAAUCUCGCCAACAACAACUAGGUCACCAAAAGCUCCAAGAGGAGAGUUUAGAAAGUGGAAGAGUCCAGAAUUAAAAACCAAUCCACUUAAAUGGCCAGGAGAAGGUGGUAAACCAGUAGUUAUUUCUAAAGAAGAAGAAAAAUUAAAAAAUGAAAAAUUCAAACUUAAUCAGUUUAAUCUCUUAGCAAGUGAUAGAAUUGCUCUAAAUAGGUCAUUGUUGGAUGUUAGAAUGGAAGGAUGUAAAUCUAAAACUUAUCCAGAAAGUUUGCCAACAACAAGUAUAGUAAUUGUAUUUCAUAACGAAGCUUGGUCUACUCUUUUACGUACUGUCCACAGUGUUAUCCGUACCUCUUCUCGAGAAUUAUUAAAAGAAAUAAUAUUAGUAGAUGAUUAUAGUGAAAGGGAUUAUCUUGGGGAAAAAUUACAAAAUUAUGUUGCGAAAUUGGAAGUUCCUGUGAAGGUACUAAGAACAGGAAAAAGAUCAGGAUUAAUACGAGCUCGACUUUUAGGAGCAGCAAUUACUAAAGGUCAAGUAAUUACAUUUCUAGAUGCUCAUUGUGAAUGUACACGAGGUUGGCUAGAACCAUUAUUAGCUAGAAUAGCUGAAGACAGAACAAGAGUUGUUUGCCCAAUAAUUGAUGUCAUCAGUGAUGAAACAUUUGAAUAUAUUCCUGCAUCUGAUAUGACAUGGGGUGGUUUUAAUUGGAAAUUAAAUUUUCGUUGGUAUAGAGUACCACAGAGAGAAGUUGAUCGUAGGAAAGGUGAUCGCACACUUCCUUUGAGAACUCCGACCAUGGCGGGUGGUUUGUUUUCCAUUGAUCGUGAUUAUUUUGAAGAAUUGGGAAAAUAUGACGAAGGAAUGGAUAUCUGGGGUGGAGAAAAUUUAGAACUUUCUUUCAGGAUAUGGAUGUGCGGUGGUACUUUGGAAAUUGUGACCUGUUCUCAUGUAGGACAUGUUUUUCGUAAAUCCACUCCAUACACAUUUCCAGGAGGUACUAGCAACAUCGUCAAUCACAAUAAUGCCCGUCUUGCUGAAGUAUGGUUAGAUGAGUGGAAAGAUUUUUAUUAUGCUAUAAAUCCAGGAGCCAAACAAGCAGUGGUAGGAGAUGUCACUCCACGGAAGUCUCUGAGACAACGUUUACAUUGCAAGAGUUUCCGCUGGUAUCUAGAAAACAUUUAUCCAGAAUCACAAAUGCCACUUGAUUACCAUUACUUGGGAGAAAUAAAAAAUGCAGAUUCUAAGAAUUGCUUAGAUACUUAUGGUCGUAAAAGUGGUGAGAAUGUUGCAAUGGGAGCAUGCCAUGGCUUGGGAGGAAACCAGGUAUUUGCUUACACCAAGAGGCAACAGAUUAUGUCUGAUGAUAACUGCUUAGAUGCUGCUUCAUCAAAAGGACCCGUGAAACUCAUAAGGUGUCAUGGCAUGGGAGGAAAUCAAAUGUGGAACUAUGAUCAAACGGAUCAAAUAAUCAAACAUGUAAACACCGGUCUGUGUUUAAGUAAACCGCAAGAGAAGGACAUGUCUUUGCCGGUGCUCAAGGAAUGCAAUAGUAACAGUAUAGCCCAGAAAUGGAUAAUGCAAGGAAGGUUCAAAUGGCAAGCAUCGUAGAAUGAAAGAUUUUUUAUGUCAAAAACAUUCAAAAUUAAAGUGGGAUGCGAGAGAGAGUGCACGACUUUGUAAUUACGACAAGAGGCGGAAGUGCGUCGAAGGGAAAUCCAAAUGUUCCACAACCACGUUCUCGCAACAGGGACAUCCCAAACGAAACAUUAACAUUCCAAAUCUGCAGUUUGUUACAACCCUCGUGCACGCGGACGCAGGUAAAGACGGGUCGACUUGUCUCAGGUUGUUUGUUGCCGAUCUGCAUUUCGAGGAAAUGGCUUUUCUUUUUUCUAGGUGCCUUCUACACGAGGCUUUUUUUUAAAAAAGCCAUUUUUUUUCUUGUUGAACUCAUAUCACAAGUGUAUUAAAUCAUUAAAAAAAACAUUCCACAUUGUUAUAAACAGAUGUUCCUUUCUGUACUUAGUAUCUAUAUAUUGUAAAUGUUUUUUCUGUUGAGAAAUUUCACUUAUGUGAUUCUGUAAAAUAGGAAAGAGGUUUUUUGUGAUAGAAUAAUUUAAUGACCGGCAGUUUUUGAAUCGUUCUGUUAAAUUCUGCAAGGUUUAUUGGGUUUUUUUAAAUUUAGUUUUUGUAUUUUUAUAUGAAUAUCUAUCACAUUAUGUUAAAAAAAUAAUAAUAAUGUAUGAUCGCAGCAUCAAUACUGAAAUUAUAUAGCAAAUUACAUAAAUGUAGAAUAUUUUUAAUUUAAUAAUUUGUGAUAAUUUGAUUAAAAUUUUUAAAAUUAUUUUAAAAUAUUGCAAUUAAUUACAUUAAAUACUCAUAGUAGUAUUGCAAAUCCGAACAAAAAAAAAUCAUUCUUAGAGACAAUAUUUUUUAAUUUUAAAAAUUAGAUAUUUAUAUAAAAAUACAUUAAAAACUUUCAAAAUUAAGAGGACUGCUCAAACAUUUUCCUAAUUCAGUUUGGACAGACUGAUUUUGUUAAAAAAAAAUUCAUAUAUUGUUAUAGGGGGAAAGCUUUCAUAACAGUCUUAUUUAAUUAUCUUGUUUAAGAUCCAUGCCAUUAUUAUUAUUUUUUAUCAAACUUAAAAUCAUUCCAGUAUAUACUUACAAGGACGACUAAGUUAAUAUGAAAUAUUAUAGUAUUAUAAAUGAAUUUGUUUGCCUUUAAUAAUUGUUAAUACUUUUUAUCAAAACAAAAAAAAUAUGUAGUAAGCAUACUUCUAUAUAAAAUUUUGAAAGUUAUUUGUGCAUUAGUGUAUUUAAUUAAAAACAAAAACAGGCAAGAAAAUUGCACGGGCUUAUUUUACGAAUCCGUAAAAAUUAAUUCGAUCAAUUGGAUAUUAGUAAAUGUGUAAGAUGUA